AUGACUCUCCGGCCUGCCGUCACCUCACUCCCCGCCCUCAGUCUAGUGGUGGCUGCUCUCCUACUUGUGUCAUCAUGCCACGCGAUACGCCUUGGAUCCGCAGCGGCCGCCGCAGUGGCGGACAGCCCCCUUGUGGCGCAACGAAGAGCGCUGGCGAGCGUGAGCGGCUGGAUUCAAGACAGGUUUUCCAAGGGAAUUGGAUAUCCGUAUGCUGGGUUGGCGGCAGCCAUGGAUGGUUCGGAGUUAACCGGCGAUCCGACGACGGCUGGAGUCCUCACCUUCGGCAUCCUCAAGAUCAGGAACGACUAUCACAUUCGUUACGCUGUUGCUGUUCGUGUGCCUACUCCAGGCUACCCGACCGCUCUUACCGUUAACACUGGGGUUGCGGGGGAGACAGGUGACGUGGCGCUGGACUUCGGAUCUGAUGCCACGUGGAAAAAUCUGACGGAGCAGGGAGCACUGGUGUUCAAUCUCGCUCUCCAAUCUCAGGGAUUGCCACCGAUGGAUCCUGGUGUUUUCGGUUACAUAUAUGCAUUUACGGGGAUUUGGUACAAUGCAGGCUCCAGGACUGCUGCUAAUGGGAAUACGUACAAGCAGGUGGUGGAUGCCAUGAUGGAUGCUCCGGACGGUUACUAUGGGCUCUAUGCAACAUCUGGUUAUUCCGAUGGCGCCGCCCGUGGGCAGUUCGUUUCUGAGAAAGUGACCCUCGCAAAUAAGCAUGAGGCGAUUCGUGUUCUUCUCCGUCGCCGUCGCUCUAUGCCUUCUCGCGACGCUGCCCGUGAAAUCUGCCAACCCGUCGCUGCGGGGCUGGAGAAGCUUACAGCGGGUUUGAAGAGCAACAAGUAUUACAAGGGCUUUCAGGCGAAGCUAAGACAGCUUCAAAUGAACCGGAUGCGGACCGAAACUAGGAAUUACGUGACGAAGCAAUCCGCCGACAAAAUGGCCAGCUACACUAAGAUGCGAACGGCCAUAUCGUGCGUCAUGAGGGGGAGGGACUCCCAGGGUAACCAGAUUGGGCAGGAUCGUGCCUUUGGCUUCUUUUUCAUCUUCCUUUUUAAGAGAGACGACGGUGAUCACGACGGUUACUAUGGCGGCUUUGUCAAGCUCAAGGACCCUGAAAAACCCAUCGCAGCAGUUAUCAACACAGGCUACGAGGGCGAAGACGGGUCCACGGUGAUUGAUUUCGGCGCCGAAGUCACCUGGGGAAACGCGUCCCGGUCCAACGGCCUCGGGCUCAUCUCGUGGUUCCCAAAAUCCUCCGCUCCUCUUGGGUACAACUACUACUUCCGUGGGUCGUGGAUUGGAAUGAGUGCGCUGGCUGCUGCUGACGGCUCGGUACUAACCGAUGCGAUAUUGGCCAUAGCGAAGAAGACUCAGGCUCAUUAUGGCGCCGUGGCUAAUUCCAAUUUCCCCAGCGGUGCCGGGUCGGCGAAUGGCUGCUGGUGUGUCGCCUCUGGAGGAAUCUGCAGGGAAGCGCAACAACUAGUUGCAAUUGGGUUUAAAGAGGUGGACGAAGUUGAAGAGGGGUUUGAGGUGGUUCGGGGAGGGUUUCAUGGGUCCAUGCUGUCCGGCCCCUCCUCCCCUCCUCCCCUCCUCCCCUCCUCCCCUCCUCCCCUCCUCCCCUCCUCCCCUCCUCCCCUCCUCCCCCUCCUCCCCUCCUCCCCCUCCUCCCCUCCUCCCCCUCCCCCCUCCUCCCCCUCCUCCCCCUCCUCCCCCUCCUCCCCCUCCUCCCCCUCCUCCCCUCCUCCCCCUCUCCCCUCCUCCCCCUCUUCCCCUCCUCCCCCUCCCCUCCUCCCCCUCCUCCCCUACUCCCCCUCUUCCCCCUCUCCCCCUUCCUCACCUUUCCCCUCCCCACUCUGUCAAUAG